GUGGACAGGUCCGAACUUUGCAAGUGGAGAAAGUGAGAGAUUGGUUUCUGGUUUCGGGCCUUUUCGGUCAAAACCAACACGCAACCAUUUCUUCUUCUUCUUCUUCUUCUUCCUCCUCCGCCCCCAAUCGGCGGUGCGCCACCCUCCACCGCCCUCUAACCCUAAUCACCACCACCUUCUCGAUUCAUUCCUGAUUCCAGCUCAAAUUCCCCUCCAUCAAUUCAUUACGGUUCUCCUCCUCACUCCCAAUUCCGUAAUUCGAUUGAUUUCUUUUCUUUUUCUGAUCUGAUCACGCUGAUUAUCAUGUGCUAGCUAGCUUCUUCCCUCGUUGAUUAUCAUUUAUCAUUAUCCACCUGCCUGCUUAUUCUGUUUGUGCUGAAUUGUUGGAGGACAUGGAUUCAGGACCGAGUAUCAAGGAUAAAUUGACAUAUUUUCGUAUAAAGGAGCUCAAAGACGUGCUCACUCAGUUAGGACUUUCAAAGCAGGGAAAGAAGCAGGAUCUUGUCGAUCGCAUAUUAUCCAUACUCUCAGAUGAACAAGUUUCUAAAAUGUGGGCUAAGAAGAAUGCUGUGGGGAAAGAACAUGUGGCAAAAUUAGUGGAUGACACAUAUAGGAAAAUGCAGAUAUCCGGGGCCACUGAUCUAGCAUCAAAGGGACAGGGUGCAUCAGAUAGUAGUACUGUCAAGGUUAAAGGUGAAAUUGAUGAUUCCUAUCAAUCAGCACCCAAGAUUCGCUGUCUCUGUGGAAGAACAUUAGAAACAGAUGAUUUGGUCAAGUGUGAUGAUUCAAGAUGCCAAGUCUGGCAACACAUCAGCUGUGUUAUUAUUCCAGAGAAACCGAUGGAAGCCAUCCCACCAGUCUCUGAUAAAUUUUUUUGUGAAAUAUGUCGACUCAGUCGUGCAGAUCCGUUUUGGGUUUCAGUGGCACAUCCCCUGUUUCCUGUGAAGUUGAACACAAGCAGUAUUCCAACUGAUGGAACCAACCCAGUGCAGAGCGUGGAGAAAACAUUUCAACUUACAAGAGCAGACAAGGACUUGGUAUCAAAACCAGAAUUUGAAGUUGAGGCUUGGUGUAUGCUUCUGAACGACAAGGUUCCAUUCAGGAUGCAGUGGCCACAGUAUACAGACCUACAGGUUAAUGGUGUCCCUGUUCGUGCAAUUAACAGACCCGGCUCACAAUUGCUUGGGGCUAAUGGUCGUGAUGAUGGUCCAAUUAUCACACCAUAUACGAAAGACGGAGUGAAUAAGAUUUCCUUAACAGGAUGUGAUGCUCGCAUCUUUUGUUUAGGGGUUCGCAUUGUUAAAAGGCGCAGCGUCCAACAGAUCCUUAACUUAAUUCCAAAGGAGUCUGACGGUGAGCCUUUUGAAGAUGCUCUUGCACGUGUUUGUCGUUGUGUUGGUGGUGGAAAUGCUGCUGAUAAUGACGAUAGUGACAGUGAUUUGGAAGUGGUUUCAGAUACUUUCAGCAUUAACCUUCGUUGUCCAAUGAGUGGUUCAAGAAUAAAGGUUGCUGGAAGAUUCAAACCUUGUAUACACAUGGGUGGUUUUGAUCUUGAAGUUUUUGUGGAAAUGAAUCAACGGUCACGAAAAUGGCAAUGUCCUAUAUGUCUCAAAAACUAUGCAUUGGAGAAUAUCGUCAUUGAUCCAUAUUUCAAUCGCAUCACUACGAUGAUGAGAAAUUGUGGUGAAGAUGUUACAGAGAUUGAGGUGAAGCCUGAUGGUUCAUGGCGUGUUAAGUCAAAGAGUGAAAGUGAGCGUCUUGGUUUAGGGAAUCUUGUGCAAUGGCACUCUCCCAAUGGAUCCCUCUGUGUUUCUACUGAUGGAGAUGUUAAAAAAGCAGAAGCAUUGAAGUAUGUCAAACAGGAAGCUGUUUCAGAGGGUCAUACUGGUCUAAAAAUUGGCAUAAAAAAGAAUCGCAAUGGACUUUGGGAACUCAGCAAGCCUGAGGACACAAACACAUCUUCUAGUCAUAGAUUAAAAGAGGUAUUUGGAAAUCCUGAACAGGUUGUUAUUCCGAUGAGCAGCAGUGCCACAGGAAGUGGAUGGGACGGUGAUGAUCGUAGUGUAAACCAGGGUGGUGGUGGGCAUAUUGAAUGUUCUACUGCAAAUGGGACUGAGAUGGAUUCUCUCUGUCUCAAUAAUGUUGAUUUAGCAUACGGAUAUACUGCACCUAGCACUUCUGCUCAGGUGGGUGGUGCAGAAGUAAUUGUUCUUAGUGAUUCUGAUGAAGAUAAUGAUAUAUUAGUAUCUUCGGCUAUUGCAUAUAAGAACGACCAAAAUGAUAAUGCAGAUGGUUUCUCUAUACCACCGCCUGGGAUUGUUGAUUCAUAUGCAGAAGAUCAGAAUCUUGGCGGAAAUUCAUGCUUGGGACUUUUUCCUAACGAAGAUGAUUUUGGGAUGUCUUCCCUAUGGUCAUUGCCUUCUACAUCUCAGGCUGGUCCAGGAUUCCAAUUAUUUGGUUCUGAUGGAGAUGUGUCGGAUGCAUUGGUCCAUUUGCCUGGUCCUGUUAACUGCACCUCAUCACUGAACGGUUAUGCAUUGGCUCCUGAUACUGCUAUGGGAUCCAGUAGUCUCUUACAUGAUACCCCUGCUGGUAGGUCGGAUGCUGACUUAAAUGGUGGCUUGGUUGACAACCCAUUGGCAUUUGCUGGAGAUGAUCCAUCGCUUCAGAUUUUUCUCCCCACAAGACCAGCUGAGUCAUCAGUGCAGAAUGAAUUAAGAGAUCGGGCAGAUGUGUCCAAUGGUGUCUGCACUGAGGAUUGGAUAUCUCUUAGUCUUGGAGGUGGUGCUGCUGGCAGUAAUGGCAAUGCUUCCGCUCAAAAUGGAUUGAAUUCUAGAGGCAAUGCUUCCAUUCAAAAUGGAUUGAAUUCUAGACAUCAAGUCCCAGCCAUGGAUGAUGACACACAUACUUUGGCUGAUACUGCUUCUUUGCUUCUUGGUAUGAAUGACGCUAGAUCUGACAAAGCAAGUAGGCCAAGAUCAGGUAGCCCUUUCUCAUUUCCUCGCCAAAAACGCUCUGUUAGACCCCGCCUGUACCUAUCAAUUGAUUCAGAUUCGGAGUAAAGGUGUCAGACCUUGUGUCUCAAGAAAUUUAGGUACUCAUCUUAACGCCGGAUGUUGUAUUUAGAAAUUGAAGGAAGUUCAGAGGCAUUUUUGGUCCUCUUGAAAUGCCAGUUCAUGUGUUCUGAGGCAUCUCUGGUGGAGCAGAGCUAUGAAUAUGCCCUCUGCCAGAAUGCUUGCACCUACCUUCUCUUCUCUGGCAAAGAUGUUGGCUGUAAAGAUUCACAAUUCUUUACGCUUGAUAUUUAAGUUAAGAUGCUGAUAGUUCAGGGUAUUCCCUUCAAUUUUCAAUGAUCUGCUGAGGGUAUAGUGCUGAUUUACUGUACAGUUGGUCAUUUAAAUCUGGUCGUUUAAACUUUCUAUUUUGUGUUUUAUUUUUGUUUGGAGGUCCCCUUACGAACAUUUUAUCUGCAUUUUUUUCUCUGCUGAGAGCAAAUAACCUGUAAAUGUUUAGACUUGAGAUUCAUUAGGGAAAUUAUAGAUAGUUUUUCUUAAUCA